UUAAUUUCCACCCCCAAAAUAAAUAAUAAUAAGUAAGAGUGAAUGGUUAGACUCUUUCUCAAGGGCUGGCAGGGGGAUGAAGUCCUUCAGAGGCAUUAUGGUAAAGGAAAUGUACCACAGGACAUUAACGAUGACGUAGAUUUUUGUUUUUGACUCUUUCGGCCUCUCAUUCGGCCAUUUGUCUUUAUAUCUGCCUUUCGGAUUGUACUCUGAAUGUGGCAAGGAUUCCUCUGCUGUGAUCUUUGCUGUAACUCCACGGAACUGUCUUUAACUUCGGGCCUUGUCCCGUUUUAAAAUACAGGAUAAGAACGUGCUACACAACCCUCGGCAGUUUGGGAGUCGGUGCUCACACCUACCUCAUCUAAUAGGCAGCAGUUAUUACCUUAAGGAAACCAAGUGCCAGGUGCAUCUCUCCAGUUCGCUUGAAAUCAGGGCGGAGUCAGGCUUGGAUGCGGCUACUGAUAGAACACAACGAAAACUUCUAGGCCUAUCAAAGAGUACAACGUGGGCGGGACCGCGGCAUAGGCCUGGCCAGGAGCAGGCGCAGACCUGCGGUCGCGCGGAGGACCAGCGGGCAGGGCUGGCGCCUCGGGAUGCCCUGGAGGCCUCCGGCGGGCCGCGCGGUGGGCAGGCGCGGGACAGAGGCAGCGCGGAGCAGUCACCGUGACCCAAGCUAGGGGGCACGGAAAGGCCGAGUGCGGUGGCGUGGGGGUGGGAACCGCACGCUCGGGCUUGCGGAGGCCCCGCAGGCUCCGCUCACAAUGGGGGAGGUGGAGAUCUCGGCCCGCGCCUACGUGAAGAUGUGUCUGCACGCCGCCCGGUACCCGCACGCUGCGGUCAACGGGCUGCUGCUGGCGCCAGCGCCGCGGUCCCGAGAGUGCCUGUGCCUCACCGACUGUGUGCCCCUCUUCCACAGUCACCUGGGCUUGUCAGUCAUGCUGGAAGUCGCCCUCAACCAGGUGGAUGUGUGGGGCGCGCAGGCCGGUCUGGUGGUGGCUGGGUACUACCAUGCCAAUGCAGCUCGGGACGACCAGAGCCCGGGGCCACUGGCCUUGAAAAUCGCUGGGCGAAUUGCAGAAUUCUUCCCUGAUGCAGCACUUAUUAUGUUAGAUAAUCAGAAACUGGUGCCUCAGCCUCGUGUGCCUCCAGUUAUCGUCCUGGAGAACCAGGGUCUCCGCUGGGUCCCCAAAGACAAGAACUUAGUGAUGUGGAGGGACUGGGACCAGUCACGGCAGAUGGUGGGGGCACUACUGGAGGGCCGGGCCCACCAGCACCUUGUGGACUUUGACUGCCACCUUGAUGACAUCCAGCAGGACUGGACCAACCAGCAGCUCAACAGCCAAAUCACCCAGUGGGUUGGUCCCACUAAUGGAAAUGCCUGAGCUAGGGUCAGGGAGGCCAGGAUCCAAUAAAGAGACUUGGGCUGAUGGG